AACACAACUUAAGAUUUUGCAGUUCCUUGUGGGCAGGAAUCCUGUUUGCUGCUACUUUACUGUACUAGGCUUAGGAUAUUUUAUGAAAAGAACUCACAGAACAGUCUCUGAGAGGCUCAAGCCCCUCCUUCCCUUCCGGGACGGAGGAUCAUAGAGCUGUCUGGCGCAGCGAGGCCUCCUGGCGCCAUCGAGACGCGCAGAGGACGGCUAGAGCGUUAUUCGCCGAGGGACUUCCUCUUCGUUAAGUCCUCCUUCCCAACAUGGCGCAGUCUAUUAACAUCACGGAGCUGAAUCUGCCGCAGCUAGAAAUGCUCAAGAACCAGCUGGACCAGGAAGUGGAGUUCUUGUCCACGUCCAUUGCCCAGCUCAAAGUGGUACAGACCAAGUAUGUGGAAGCCAAGGACUGUCUGAACGUGCUGAACAAGAGCAACGAGGGGAAAGAAUUACUCGUCCCACUGACGAGUUCUAUGUAUGUCCCUGGGAAGCUGCAUGAUGUGGAACACGUGCUCAUCGAUGUGGGAACUGGGUACUAUGUAGAGAAGACAGCUGAGGAUGCCAAGGACUUCUUCAAGAGGAAGAUAGAUUUUCUAACCAAGCAGAUGGAGAAAAUCCAACCAGCUCUUCAGGAGAAGCAUGCCAUGAAACAGGCCGUCAUGGAAAUGAUGAGUCAGAAGAUUCAGCAGCUCACAGCCCUGGGGGCAGCUCAGGCUACUGCUAAGGCCUGAGAGUUUUUGCAGAAAUGGGGCAGAGGGACACCCUUUGGGCGUGGCUUCCUGGUGCUGGGAAGGGUCUUGUGUUUUAAUGCCAAUAAAUGUGCCAGCUGGGCAGAA